AUGAAUAACUCAACAGAAGCACCAAUACACUACAAAUAUAAUGGACAACUUUAUUGUCCGGUAGUAGGCCAUGCAGUCGCGGAAUUGGUAAUAAAUCAAAAUGAAAAAUUUCCAGACCCUACUGAAGUUGAUCAUAGUGUCAAGAUAACAACAACAAGGGAGCGAAAUUCUGAGCUGUCGUCCUUUUCCUCUUCUCAACAUGACUCACGACAGCAACCAGAGCAACAGAUUUUGCCUAAUCCCAGGACGAGAGCUUUUCUGGAAGAAUUUAACACGCACAUUUCUCAAAUUAGGAAUGACACUGAUUUGACAUUAAGUAGUAAUGUGUUGCAAAGCUUUUCAAAUUUUCAACGUGUAUAUGAAAAUUUGAAGAAUGAGAAUGAUAAGAAUGGAUCUCUUGAAACUUAUAAUAAUGAUAAAAUCGAAAUUAUUGAAAUUUCUGACGAUGAAGAUGAACUUCAAGAACCAGGUGGAAUCGAAAUAAUCGAGAUUUCUGACGAUGAAGAUGAUAAUAAAAAUACUGCACAGUAUUAUUACAGUCAAACAUCCAACCCAUAUGCUUCUGCAUUACUUUCAAGACAAAAUACCACCUCCGCUAAUCUUGCCUAUCUUCAUGAGGCUCGGCCAAUAUUGCCAGUUAAUAUUGGCGAUAUUGAAGAUUUGCGAAUUAAUGUUCGCAAUAUUGAACCUUUACCAGGAAUGAAAAUAAAUCGUUAUCCAACCUUACCAGUAUUCAAAAAUCCCACUCUCAGAAAAGUUGCACUAACUCAUUCCGGCAUAAAUAAGGAUGUCAGUUGUAAUUAUGAACGUCUAGAGCAUCUUGGAGACCGAGUACUCCAACAUCUAGCCAAUCAUAUGGCAUUUGACCGAGCUGAAAAGCAUCCCCUCUUACGUCAAUAUAAAAAAAGAAUAAUGGAUCAUAUUGAAUAUGCAAUCAACUUCUUUGUAAGUAACAAAACUCUGGCAGUGAUUGGGCAUAUUCUGGACAUUCGGACACUUGUGGUUGAAGAAGCUGGAGGUCCACGUAACUUAACCACAAAGGAUAUCGCUGAUUAUGUCGAAGCUUUGAUAGGUGCACUAUAUGAAGAUAAUAAUCGUAACUUUGAUACGAUAAGAGAAUGGUAUGAACCAAUAACAGGCACUCUUUUGGAUCGAAUCUUGUACAAAGCAAUAUUCAAGACAGGACCUGAUGAUCAGGACGUCUUUAAUUGGGCGUAUGAUAUGUAUUUCCAUCUUAAUAAACGAUUCAUAAGAGCAACGCCUUGA